AAUAAGCUACCCCAAAACAUCAAUCUCCUCAGGAGGAUUGGAAGCGUCUAAUCAUUAUUUUGAUCAUAAUAAAUAAAACGUUACAUUAUGUCCAACAGCAAUCCAAAAUAUCUGAGUAAUCAGGCUGGCAGCUAUGAUUCAGAAUUUGAGUAUGACAGUGAAUCUGAAAGAAAAAGACGCAGGUAUGAAGAUUUGGCAAAGAAGGAGAAAAAGAAAAAGUCAAGCAAGGGACAUAAGCGGGAAUUGGAGGAGGAAUAUAACAAGGAAGAGGGACGGAUUAUGCGACACAAAAUUAUAAGUUUAAAUGCAUUUGACAAACAUAAACUGCUAGUCAACAACUACCUUCAAUAUUAUGGAGGAAAAGCAGGAGAAUUUAAAAGAGACACUUCUAAGGACAAGACAGACCUGGAUGUAAUCCGAGAGCAUCACAAGUUUCUGUGGACAGAGGAGGACGACCCAGAUGAAACCUGGGCGAAGCGCUUAGCAAAGAAGUACUAUGACAAGCUGUUCAAGGAGUAUUGUAUCGCUGACCUAAGUAGAUACAAGGAGAACAAGGUCGCUAUGCGCUGGCGAAUUGAACGGGAAGUGAUGGAAGGAAAAGGCCAGUUUCUAUGUGGAAACAAGAAAUGUAAUGAGCACCGGGACCUGAAGAGUUGGGAGGUCAACUUUGCCUACAUGGAGGAUGGGGAGAAGAAAAACGCUCUCGUUAAACUCAGAUUGUGUCCAGACUGCUCAUAUAAACUGAACUACCAUCACAAAAAGAAAGAGGCCAAGCCAGCGCAAAAGUCAGAGUCAAAGAAGCAUAAAAAGCCCAAGAAACACAGACGCGAUUCAGAUGACUCACAUUCAGAUGAAGAAGCAUCCAACAUACCCACAUCAUCAAAGGACAAUCCAGAGACCUCUCAGCCCAACAAAGAUCAGCCAACAGCUGAAAACAUCUGGAGUGGACCUGCCAAAAUUGUUGAGGAAAAAUCUAGGGAGGAAGAAUUUGAUGAAUACUUUGCUGACAUGUUUUUGUGACGAAGGAGCAAUAUCUUGGUGUAUUGUUGAACUGUACUAAAAAGCCUUAUACAGCAUUAUAUAGCAAGGCUAGUGGUACAAUGUGAUAUUACAGCACGGUAUUUUAUGACAUUAUGGUACAUUUGUGUGCUGUAAACUACAAUUUCAAUCCUGUUAAAUGUAUAUCUAAGGCAACAUCCAUAAUGCUACAAGUGAUUGUUAUAUUUAUAUCAUAAUGAUAUCGCCAUCAUGACAUUUAAAGGUCAUUAUAUAUUUUUGAUGCAUACAUGUAACAAGUUUAAAAACUAUCUAAAAUGUGGGCGUUACGUCAUUAAUUCAUAGCUUUGGAAAUGGCCAGGCUAUAAGGUGAUGUUUUAUGUAUUAAGCGCAGAAAAUUGGCAUAGAAGUAUUUAUAUACAGAUACCAAUAGAAUCACACAUUUGUGGUCAUUCAAAAUGGAAUUUAUAAAAGUUCAUUCAUUUACUAAAACGGCUAAGAUUUGGGUUUUUUAUCGACUUCAGAAAACUUGUUGAAUAACUUGUGUUUGAAAUGACCAUUCAUGUGAGAUUCUCUAAGUAAUUAUCAAAAACAUUGCUUCACUCUGGAAAACAGAUUGACAUGUACCACAAACUGUUGAUGAAUAAAAUAUUGAAUUUG